GUGGUGCGUUUCCAUGGUUACCUACAACCAACACGGAUAGCGACACUAUAAAUAUGUCUACUGCAAUAGGAAAAGAUGACAGAAAAAAGAAACGUACUUUGGUGCUGAGACCUUCUUCUCGGGCCGUAAAUAUCUCAGGUUCUCAUGGAUUCAACCAAAGCACCAAACACACAACCAGCAUCCUCGGUUCUUCGAGCAGGAGGAGUUUUAGUCUGGGAGCUGGAAGCAAAGUUCUGGACAAAAGCACCGUCCAAACACCCAGACAAGCUGUUCGGGUGUUUGAUGAAGAGGACAAUGACGUCACUCCCCAGCCUUUGUAUCAGGCUGAUCCAGGGUCAGUUCAGGCCAAAGCCAGCAGGUUUUUUUUGGAUGAAAUAUCCGGUGGAUCAACGUCUGACCAGACCAUAACUUCAGCCAGCUUUAGUAUGCCCUUCUCCAGGUCAGUUCUGGGCAGCAGCAGAUUCUCCAGCCAGUCCACAAUCGAGUCAAUCAAUGAGGAGAUGGAGGAUACGUUUCCCAAACGGGACAUGCCCGUCAACCUCCCAGAUGUGCAGGGGAAAAGAGUCGCAGUGAAAGAACAGGUGACAGAAAACAUGUUGAAUGCGGUUAUAGAUAUUUAUCUCUCAGAGACAGACUGUAUUUCACUACUGGACAUCCCCAGUACCUCUGUGUCCGUUGAAGCCGAUAAUGCAGACACCAUUACGGAGAGAAACAAACAAUAUGCUGAGAUUUGCAAGAACAUGGUGGGAAAUGAGAAGUAUGUGGAUCGAUCGAUACAGACUCUGAACGAUGCACUAAAACACAAACAGGUCCAGAGCGACAGUAUCGUCAUGGUGGACGCAGGUACAUUUGUUAGCACCUGGGAAAUGUAUGACACCGUAUCUGGGCCUGAACCUGAUGAAUCAGUGUCCGACUCUGAAACCAAGAAGGCUGACAUUCCUGAGGCAGCUGUGGACUCCAGCAGAGCUGCAGAGAAGAGUGUCUCAAUGGGCAGCACAACCAGCACAGGAAGUGUGACUAGCUCAAUGAAAGAUGUGGAGGCGUUUGGCAACAGUUUAAAUGCAGAGGCAGACCUCCAGUUGAUCAUGCUGUCAGAGAGAUUCCAGCAGAACCUAUUAGCAACGGAGAGGAGCAUUGUGGGAAAUGUUUUCCAACCAAAGCUGGCUGCGUACCGACAGCUACUGGUGUUAGACAACCCUGAUCGUUCGCUGAAUUCUGAGGCUGUGGAGCAGAAAACUGAAGGUUCAGAAAACUCUCCAGCUCUGGAGUAUCUGUGGACUUUCAGCUGUGAACUAAGCAGAGGACGCAGUGUCAGCAGCAUGACCUGGAACAAGAAGAACCCGGACCUCCUGGCAGUGGGUUACGGAGACUCGGAGUCCAGUGAUCAAAAACCUGGACUCGUCUGCUGCUGGUCCCUCAAAAAUCCCACAUGGCCUGAGCGAUUCUUCCACUGUGACAGCGCUGUGACUACUCUGGAUUUCUCCACAAACAACCCCAGUCAUCUGGCUGUGGGGAUGCACAACGGCACCAUAGCUAUCUACAAUGUGCAGAGUCAAAAUAAUCAAACCGAUGUCAUCAACAGCAGUGAGUGUCCAAACAAGCACAUGGACCCAGUUUGGCAGCUGAAGUGGACUCUUGAAGAGUUGAGUUUAACAGGAGAGGAUAAAGUGGAGAGCCUUUACUCUGUGGCUGCAGAUGGAAGAGUCAGCAAAUGGUUUGUGUCUGACACUGGCCUGGACUGCACAGAUGUGAUGAAGCUCAAGAGGAUUCAUGACGGUAAGCUGAAAGCAGCAGGAAAUAAAACAGAGAAGAAGACAGAAAGUGUUGUGUCAGCUCUGACUCCUGGCCUUUGUUUUGACUUCCACCCAACAGACUCCAACAUCUAUCUGGUGGGGACAUGGGAGGGUCUGAUCCACAAGUGCUCCUGUUCCAACAGUCAGCAGUUCAUGGAGACUUACAAGAAGCACUUUUGUCCUGUGAGCUGUAUCGCCUGGUGUCCACUCAGCCCCAGUUUGUUCCUGAGCUGCUCUUCUGACUGGACCAUCCAGCUGUGGAAACAGGACCAGUUUGCCCCUGUUUUAGGUUUCACCUCCACCCAGAAGGCUGUGUGCGACAUCAAAUGGUCCCCGAAGUGGGCUACGGUGUUUGGAGUUGUUAAUGUGGGUCAGCUGGAGAUCUGGGACCUGAAGUCCAGCAUUAUGGACCCACUCAUUGUGGAGUCUGCUGUCCCUCCUGUGAACAUGAAGUGCCUGCUGUUCGCCUCCCACACGGACUGUCUCGUGGUUGGAGACAGCGUUGGACAAGUGACCGUCUAUCUGCUGAAGAACAUGAGGAUAGGAAAGGGCAGCCAGGCAGAUGUUUUGGAAGCUGUCAUCCAAUCUGCAACAUCAAGAUUCUAAUCUGUGGCACCAGGGAGGGAAGAUGCCAGAACAUACCAGAUGUAUUAGUACAGAAGUACACACACACAUUUUUUAAAAUUGUUUUUGUAGGGAAAUUCGGUCUCUGCCUUUUCCCACACACAGCCCUAGCAUUAGCAUUAGCACAUAGCACACAACAGGAGCAGUGUGCUGCCACUGAAGGCACUGGGGAAUGUAUUUAAGAUGAAAUCAUUAGACGUUAUCAUUACCACAAAAGAAUGUGGGGAAAACAUCAUAUAAUGCAAA